AUGAACGUCUCCAAGUGCGAAUCAAAGAUGGGUGGAGGAGGGCUGAACGCCGGCUCCCUGGUCAUGGAGGGCGGCUUCCUGAACUUCGACGGGGGAACUACUUUGGGCAACGGCGGAUGCGCGCAGGUGACCACUGUGCACCAGAGGGCAGGAGAGGCGCGCUUCAUCCAUUGCGUGGCAGCUGGAAAAGGAGGAGGCCUCGCUGCGCAGUCCUUGGCGCAAGAUCGAGUUGGUUCCAAGCGCUUCGUCGACGGCGUUGCGCGGAAGCAUGGUGGUUGCGCGUAUUUGCAGAAAACGACCAAGAGCGGGAACCUUUCCUUUGAAAGCUGCAGGACUCAGAAAGGCGGCGGAUGUGGCUAUGCCAAAGUACUACACCAGUCGAAGUCAGGCCAUCUGAUUUGCCGCAAUUGCACAGCCGAAUCUGGCGGAUGCCUUUUUGCAAAGCGAAAGCUGGACAUUGGGGGCGUUCUGAAGGCGUCCUCCGUGGCCGCACCUCGGGGCAGCGUGCUGCUGAUGGCGAGAGAAACGCCUGCCACCUUGCAGCGCUUGGAGAUACAGCAAGCCCGGGGUGUAGCCCUGGACGGGCGACGGAUGAACAUUUCGGAGUUGGCCCUGGGCCCUUCCGAUGCCCCCUUCAGGGUCAGGGCGAGCGACUUAUUUCUGGACUCAGCCAACUGCAGCUUGAUGGAAGAAUGUACCUUCCAGCAGCACGAGGCCAAAUGA